CACUUUUGGGGGCCAGUUGCCAACUGGGGCCUGCCUGUGGCUGCUAUUAAUGACAUGAAGAAAUCUCCUGAAAUCAUCAGUGGCAGGAUGACAUUUGCACUGUGUUGUUACUCCUUGACCUUCAUGAGGUUUGCCUACAAAGUGCAGCCCAGGAACUGGCUGCUUUUUGCUUGCCACCUGACCAACGAAGUGGCCCAGCUGGUCCAAGGAGGACGACUGAUCAAAUACAGAUUGGAGAAAAAGAACUAAACACCCAACUUGAAAUAAGCCAGGGAAUGUGUUCAUCCUGAAUGCCAACCAGAGAAGACUUGCCAUCUACAGCUGCUGUCAGUUACAGUGGGGAUCAAACAGAAACACCCAUUAUGAAUAUGACCCCACCAACAAUCAGUCUAUUUUUUUUUUAAUCUUGCCUUUUAAGAAGUAUUCAGCAAUGUAAGCCAUUGCAUUUAAAACUUUGCUGCCUUACAGCUCUAGAAUAACUACCCAGGAGUAGUAUCCAAAUAACAAGCAGUGUUUGAAAACUAUCUCUUUUUUUUUGUUUGUUUUUAAUCAGACAAUCUCCAAAAGUGGCCCCCAAUGGUUUGACAAAACUGUUUUUCAGAUCAGCCUAUGAACAUCAGCAGGACUGUAGGUGGUAUUGUUGCUCCAUGUGUUAACAUACUCUUAAAGCCAUUUAACUUGGGUGCAUUCAUUCCUAUCCUCUCUUGUAAUUUUCUUUUUUUUUUUCUUUUUUUAACUUAAAAGCAGUGGCUUGCUAAUCUGCAAGAACAAAUGUGUAGAUAGGCAGCCUAGGAGUGAGCAGCUCCCUCUCCCUGCAUGCCUUGUCUCAAAGAAGGGACUCCAGUAACACAUUUUAAGUCGCACAUUAUUUAAAGAAGAGUUGGGAAAGCAGAAGCAGAGCACUGAAUGAAGGAAGCAGCAGAGUCUGUUAUUGCUCUUUAAAAAGCCCUAAAGGGAUUUUAUUAUUAUUUUUUUCCUACUGUUUGAGUUGUUCUAGAUGUAUCUAAUCCUUAACAGGCAAAAAAUUACCUUGUUUGGAGUCUGAAGGCCACGAGGUGCCUUUCAGUGGUUUUUUUACUUCACUCUGAGGGGGGUGUUGCUGCAUGACCUGCCUGAAAGCUGCACUGGUGCUGAGGGUGCAGCUGACAACAGAUGCAUGGGAUGGGCUUUUGUUUCAGUGCAGUGUUCUUGAACAAUAAACAUAUUCCAAAUGGCAAUAAAUCCCUUGAAUGUUU